AAAAAUAAAUUUCACCACUGGGUAAGAUCCCAGUCCCUGACUUGACAGCUCUUGGCCUGCUUCCUUCUCUCUCUCCUGCCUUUUUAAAAAUGUUGAAUGUUUUUAAUAUUUAUUAUUUUAAUUGAAAGCAACUCAGAGUCACUGUUCAGAGUGAGUUUAGGUGGUAUAUACAUUUAAAAGAUGGAUGGAUGGAUGGAUGGAUGGAUAGAUGGAUAGAUAGAUAGAUGAUUGAUUGAUUGAUUGAUAGAUAGAUAGAUAGAUAGAUAGAUAGAUAGAUAGAUAGAUAAUUAAAUACAAUGCCUCUUGUUUGACUGCCUUCAGAAGAUCAAAUUCUGCCUUUGUGCCUUUGGUUUGGAGAUGCCUGUAAACUUAAUUGGUUUGGUCUGAAUAUUGCGGUAACUUGUUUAAAAAUUGAGGAAUUAUUUGGUGUGAAAUGAGGCCCAUGGAGGAAGAGAAAGAAUAAUAAAAGCUUGCUCUAAGAUGGCUGGGCGUUUGAAUUGGCCCCAUCGAUUAAAGUUAUGCUUUCUUUUCCAGUUUCCUUGUUUGCCUGAGAUACAUGAGUUACUACCGUCAUCCUCCACUAACAUAUAUAGAAUAUCCCCUCAUGAUUGUGCAAGAUAUCAUUCUUUGCCUGCUUGUUCUGCAUUUCAAUGGCAAAAUGAAGCAUGCUUUGCCUUACACAGUCAUAUUUGUGGCAGGAUGGUAUGCUCUAACGCUGCAAGAAUGGAUAUUGGACUUGAGCAUGAACCUGAGCACGGUGGUCAGCGCCGCAAGUAAACUCGUUCAGCUCCGUUGUCUUUGGCAGACUAGAGAUUCUGAACAAGUGAGUGCCACAACUUGGGGAUUAGCCAUAUACACCUGUGCAGUUCUGAUCCGUUUUGUAGUCAUGAUGGCUCUUAAUAUUUGGGUCAUCACUACUAUAUUGGAAUACCGGAAGGCUAAGAAGCAAGACUAAGAUGCCGAUCGUCCCCCUUUUAAAACAACGUGGACUAAAAUUAAGACAUUCCAUUAAAUGAGAGCUGGUGUUUACCUAUUUUACGCGUACCUAACAUUCAGUGCCAAUACCUCAGAUGCAUUAUGAUGUUUAUGUUUACUGUUUGUAAAAAUAAUUGGCUGCAUGAACAAAGGGUUUCAUUUUUUAUGAACAGAUUGCAUAACAGACUUCUCAAACGGGUUGAUUUUUAUUUGUUGGUUUAUCUCCAUGGACAAUCCCACUCUUCUAACUCAGUAGGACCAACAACAGUUCCAAACCAACAAGAAAACAAAUGUUUUAUAUUUAUUGAAUUGCUGGAUUUUCAGAACUGCGUUUCUGGCAACUGUGGGGUUUUUCCCCUUUAAGAUAAAAUUUAUCUUAUCUUUAUAAACCAGCCUAUACAGGAAAUCUUUCUCUGAUUUCCUCAUGCUAAACGGCCCUCUAAAUCUUCAUCUUAAAAAAGACCUGUGUAUUUUAUUUAGUUAACGGCAUUUCAAAAGAGCUUCAACUACAAAAAAAAUAUAUGAAUCCUUUUAUUUCAAUUCCUGCAUUUUAAAUAUGUUAAACUUGAUACUUUGCUUGGAUUUAUGUGUCAGUCUAAUUUUUUUGAACCAAAUUUGUAUUGCUAUUUUGAGUAGCUGUUAACUGUUAUACUUUGGUUUCAAAUAUAGACAAAUACACAAAACCUGAAGAACAUCAACAAUAUUUCAGCAAUUGUUUGAACUUGGUUUAGUGUCCCUCUAAGUUUCGAGAAGUAUAAAUGUAUCAUCACAACUUAAUUUUGAAAGUUCCUUUAGCAAUAAAGAACGGGGGCAUUUUAAAAAAAUAGUAAAGCUCUGUGUCUAUUCUUUGAACUAAGUAUGCAGCUUUCUGCAAUUAAACUUAAUUAAAGAAAUAAAGUGCUUUUGUUUAAUGUUAA